CUAUACUUGUUGCAGACCCGGAGUACUGGUAACUAAGCUAUCACCUGGACGCGGCAUCCCCGUUUGCUUUAAGUACUUCGAACUGCUGCUAUAUCCCGGUCAUCAACUAGCAAUAUCAAAGCUAUGUCACGAUCUCGGGUCAGUCCUGGCGUGGCCUACCUCACUCGUGGUUUGCUUUCUGUCAUUUUCCCGACCGCUUCUUCCGUUAUUAUUGUAGGACGUCUGGCCUGUCUGCAAGGCUUUUCAGUCUCCCCAUGGCUUUUGUCGGCGAUGACUUUGGGUGCAGUGCCUCUGGGGUUUGCAGCUUAUGUUUUCGUGGAUGAGAUAUCGCAGCGACGAAAGGCCACUCGACUCGGUGCCAGACUUGUUCCUCGUAUCCAGGGCAAAUGGCCUGGAAAUCUGGACAAGUUAGUGAACGUAAUCCUGACGCUUGAGGUCGAAUACCUUGGACAACCUAACUCCGGGCCGACUUUGAAUUAUCGGUGCUUAUGGGAGGACUACAUUGUCACCACGGAGCCCCAACACGUCAAGACAAUUCUUGUAACUGAUUUUCAUAACUACGUCAAAGGUGCAAAGUUCAGAGAAGCAGCUGAUUCCAUCCUUGGAACGGGGGUAUUCAACUCGGAUGGAAACCUUAGGCGUGCUUUUAGGCUUCACCGAACCAUGACACGACCUUUCUUCACUCAUGAUCGGAUAAGUCACUUUGAGAUCUUUGACCGUCAUGCGAAUCGUGCUAUCGCCUUGGCGAAGGACCGUUUCAGGAUGGACUUGGCAAUUGAUUUCCAAGAUCUCAUCUCGCGAUUUACACUCGACUCUGCAUCGGAGUUCCUGUUUGGAGAUUGCAUUGAUUCACUUUCCGUCGAACUUCCUUUCCCCGAUAACACGCUACAAUCCACAAAUAGCAAGCCUCGUCCAGGAGACAAUGCUGCAGCCUUCACAAAUGCCUUCUCUCAAGCUCAGCACGCAAUCAGUCGUCGUGUCAUUAUUGGGGCGGCCUGGCCGAUGACUGAGAUUCUUGCCGACAGCACCGCGCAACAUAUGAAAGUGGUCGACAAAUUUUUAGAUCCGAUCCUCGAAGCCGCUCUGAGGAGGCAUAGCACGGCUGCCAAAUCAGAUGCAGAUGAAACUGCGGAAGACCAAACCUUUUUGGACCAUCUAGUGAAGCUGACUUCAGACUUCAAAAUCGUCAAAGAUGAGACGUUGAACAUAUUACUGGCAGGAAGAGAUACAACGGCCUCGACAUUGACUUCGGCUAUUUAUUUACUUGCGAUGCAUCCAGAGAUUCUCUCUCGACUCAGGGAGGAAAUCAUAUCGAAGGUUGGGCCGACUCGCAUGCCCACAUAUGGGGAUAUCAAAGAGAUGAAGUACAUCCAGGCCGUUCUCAAUGAAACGAUGCGCCUUUUCCCUGCUGUGUGAGGAAGCCGUACAUGACACCACAUUGACAUCCCCCGAACCUGGGAAGAAGCCACUGUUUGUUCCAGGAGGAGUCGUGUACGUGUUUGAUUUGAUCGUUUAGAUUCAUCGUAUGACUGCUUGAAUGAUUUCAGGGUCAUCUAUUCAGUGUUCCUUAUGCACAGGAGAACAGAUCUAUGGGGACCAGAUGCGUUGGAGUUUGAUCCGGAUAGAUGGCUCGACGAGCGUAUGCAGAAAUAUGUGCUUCGUAAUCCCUAUAUCUUCCUUCCAUUUAACGCGGGACCGAGGAUUUGCU